UCUGUCCUCCAGUUCACUUUUUUGUGUUUCACUGCUGAUCACUGAAGACUUCUCAUCACUCUCUUUCAACAGACCGGAGAAACGAGACUACUAUUCAGAGCAUCAGUCAACUUAUCAGGCUACACCUUCAUGCUGGUGCAUGAGGCAGGAGUUUGUAAAAUAUGAGGGUCAAAGGUUACUGAGGAAGUCCCAGCAAAACAUCCCAGAGAAAACAUUGGAUUUUAUAUUAAACUAGGAUCUCUUUUAUUUACCAAUGGAAUUAUUUAUAUGGGACUAUUUAUUCUGUUUGCUCCCAUUCCUGUUAUUUUUCCUGUUGUGUCUGACUCGCUGCUGGACCACAGCACAUUGUUGGACAAGACUUGCUGCCACGGCUGCAGGACCCAGGUUGAUCUGCAAGCCCACUGCGCUGGCCAAAUAUCUGCUCCGGCACUGUGGCUCUCUGGCCAGGCCGAGACUGGCCGCCUGGCCCAGGGGAGACCCCAACCUCCAGACUCUGUCCAGCUUGCUGUGUGGACAACUUGGAGACACGAUACAGUUCACAAGGGAUAAUCUGUUGCUGAGAGAUGGGGGAAUUGUAGCUGUGGACUGGGCUGUGGGGACAGGACUGGGUGAGGCAGCUGGGAGGAAGAGGUGGGAGGGGAGGAAGGAGCAUCAGUCAGGGGGAAAGGCUCUGGGCUGCUUCUCCUCCACACCUCCUGUCCUCCUUCUCAUACCUCAGUCCUGGGGAGGGAUGACCCCCCACUUAAAGGCGCUGUGCCAUCAGGCCAUGUGUCAGGGGUUUUAUGUGGCGGUGUUUCAUCCUCGAGGCACAGCAGGAUGCCCGCUGACCACAGCACGACUGACUGAGUUUGGGGACCCAGCUGACCUUGAGCAGGCGGUGGCUUAUGUCCACAGCCGCCACCCGUCCUCUGUGCUGGUCGCAGUGAGUGAGGGUUCAGGCUCAGGGAUCCUCCUUUCCUACUUGGGGGAGUGUGGAUCAAGCACAUACUUGACAGCGGCUGCAGCCAUCUCACCUGUGCUUCUGGGCCAACUGUGGUUUGAAACAGCCAUGCCUCCUGUUUAUCGCUGGGGGGCGCUGUUUCACCGGAAACAGCAGCUCAGAAGAUACGCAAAUUCCUUCAGAGGAGUCCUGGAUGUGGAUCGGGUCCUAAGCUCUUCCUCCCUCAGAGAGUUUGAGGAAGCUCUUUUCUGCUCUUCAGCCCAGCUUCAGCAGAGAACUUCUAGACCUCCAAUAAACUCUCUGAGCUCUGGACUUAGCUCAGGACCUCAUUACUCACAGGGCCUGGCACCUUCGGUGGCCUGGGAACUGGGCGAGAGAGCUAACCCGGCCAAGGACUGGGACAGCUACUGGGAGAGGAAUGAACCACUGAGAGAUGCAGAUGAGGUGGCUGUCCCCGUGCUCUGUAUCUGCAGCCGUGACGACCCUCUCCUCCCGCCUGCCUCCACUUUGCCCAUGGCGCUUUUCCAGAGCAAUCCUUAUUUCCUUCUGUUGUUAACAGACAAAGGUGGGCACUGUGGAUUCACUCUGGAAGGCAACAAAGAGAUGGAGGGAGGAAGGACUGAAGAUGAGGAGGAAGGUAGCUGGAGUCAUAUGGUGGUCCUGGAGUACUUCAGAGUGGUGGCCGAUUUCCUAAAGGGGGAGGAGAGGGAUGGGGCAGGCUGGGGUGAUCCGCUAAGAGAACAUAGUCAGGCUGGGCAGAGGAGCAGGACCAGCAACAUGGCUACUACUCGCAGGAGGAGACCCACCUUGAUGAGGAGACCAAGACCACAGGCACCUGAUCAGAGCUGUGUGGAUGCAGAAGAAGGUAACUUCACCUGGAAGAGGUCCUAUACACGCUGAGGGGAAAGAGGUGGUGGAGGAGGAGAUCUGAAGAGAAUGCAAAAUGUGGGUUUUUGGUUUCAGUCCUCAAAAAUAUCUGGAAAAGAGAACUGUUGGAAACACAGUUAUUAAAAUAUUUGUUUCUCUUCA